AUGUCUUCGCGCCCUCUCCCACGCCCAUCUGGUGCUGGUAAAAGCAUUCCAGCUGCUGCCCAGACUGGUCGUAGCUCUGGUCGCCCUAAACUCUCUGCCGCUUCACCGCCUCGCCGUGUUGGUCGCUAUGUCCCCGCUGACUCUCUCUUCCAGGCUCUAGAGGAGGCUGCAGCCAACAAUGCGCCAGUGGCGGACUUUCGUGCCAUCGCCAUGCGGGACGUCCAGCGUGCCCGCGUCGCCGUGUCUGAAAAAUUCAAGCUCUUCAUUCCUUGUGGCGCUGUCGCUGGAACCUCGCAGCUGGAUGAGAUAAUGCUAUCCAUUCAUACCGAGGACCAGACAGCGCUCUGGAAGGACUCCCUUCCUACGUUGUGCGACUUUAUUCGUAUCCCGUCGAAAGGAAUUCGAUUCACGUGCACGUCUCGCGACGUGGCAGUGAAGCUGGGUGGCUCGACGGUGCGUUUGUUUGGUAAUACGCACAUCAUCAAGAAGUUCAGCCUGUACGAGCGGUUGUACACGCUCAACCUGACCCGAAUCCCUUCUGACCUCGAUGACUACGUCAUCUACGACUUCUUCGCCAGUCGUGGGCUCUACGUCUUGAUCACUGCCACCCAUCAGGUAGGCGACAUGAUCUCGCGUGAUCGUACUAUCUGGUGUACAACGCAGGACUGCCCUACUGAACUUCUUCUUCCUGACGGUUCGGCUAUACGGAAGAUCUUCUAA